AUGGUAACAGCUGGAUUUAUUAGUAAAGUGGUUACUCUCCCUUUGACGGUGGUUAAAACAAUCUUUGAGUAUUACACAGUUGGUACCAUUUAUCAACAAACUUCUCCUGAAUUCUCCGAUUCGUUAUGGAAAAAUGUUCAUGUAUCAGCUUUAUAUCAUUUAAGUGGAAAUCUUCACAAAUCCGAUGUGAAAACAUUUAGUUAUGUUCCAUUAUCUAAUAUCUUAUCAAAAUAUCAAAAUAAUCAUCCCUUAACUCAAAAUUUAAGAAAUUUUGGUAAACCAUUAGAUAAAUAUAGUUAUUGGAUUGUUGAAAAUGAAAAUGCUGAAAAUGUGGUUGUUUACGUUCAUGGUGGUGGUUAUUUAUUAGCUAUGUUUGAAGGUCAAUUAGUUGCAUUCACUACUUUAUAUUAUGCUUUAACACCUGAAGUAAGAGCAAAAACAUCAUUUUUAGUCAUUGAUUAUUCAUUAACGUUAUUUGAUCAUAUUUUCCCAACUCAAAUUUGGGAAAGUCUUUCAACCUAUAAGACUUUGGUCGAAAACAACUAUAAACAUAUUCAUCUAGUAGGAGAUUCUGCUGGAGUUCAUCUUAUAUGUGCAUUAGUAAGAUAUCUUGCUUAUCCACAAGAAUCCCAUGAAUUAUUCUCUCAAUUUCCUCAAUUUGAUUUUUCAUCAUUCACAAAUUUACCCCAACCAAAAUCUCUUGCUCUUUUGAGUCCUUGGAUUGAACCUGUUACUCAACCUAUUAUUCCAACUUUGCAUGGAGUUUCUAUCCUCGGAGAUUUAGGAGCAAAAGAUACUUUGAUGGGAGAAUAUUAUAUUGAAGGUCUUGAUCGCGAAUUAAUUAAUAAUUUCUUAACAUUUUCCAACACUAAUUUUGAAGAUCAUUGGUCAAAAGUUGAACCUAUUGUUAAUGGUAAUACUAUAGUUGUUUAUGGUGAACGUGAAGUUUUAAGAGAUGCCAUUGAAAAAUUCCAUACUAUCAUAAACAAACAGAACAAUAUUGAUUUAAUCAUGGAAAAGGGUGGUAUUCAUGCUUCAUUUGUUUAUGCAGAAUGUGUUGAUUAUAUUGGUCCAAAAGGAAGUGAACUUGCACUUGAAGGGCAUUUUGAAAACAAAUUUGCUUAUAACGUAUUAAGCAAAUUUCUUAAUGAACAAAUAGAGUAA